AUCGGCUGAAUGUUUUGAAAAAGAAUUUUAUUUUUUAUUGUAGUUUUCUCCUAUUCAAGAAAUUAGUCUUUGAAAAGUGGAUAUUAAUUUUAGAUCUGAAUAAGUUGAGCUCGCCAUAAAUAUAAAUAGUGAAUUUUGUUGUAUUAAUCAUAAGAUCUGAUAUCGAUAUAUGUAAAAUAUGUUAGGCUAAAAUAAUAAUAUAAUAUUUGAUAAGAAAGGGUGGUUGAAAUGAAAGGGUGUAUAGUAUAGUAUAGUAUAAGUGUGUAUAUAAAUGGAGGUUUUGGUGUGAAGAAGGAGGAAGUGCAUAGAGAUAGAGAAUUGUUGGUAAUAAAAUCAUUAAUGCGGCAGAGAGGAAGAGGCUUUAACCGAAGAUCAAGGAGUUUCUCAAGAUCUCGCCUCGCUAUUGAAGGCAGUUGAACUUUUCCUUCUCCAUUUCCAUUUCCUCUCACCUAAACAUUUUCAUUCUUCUCCAAUGGCUUCAGGCAUGGAUGAGCGUGAAGUUCAGAAAUCAUACUGGGUUCAGCAUUGUGCCGAUCUCUCCGUCGAGGCAAUGAUGCUUGAUUCCAAAGCUUCCGAUCUCGAUAAGGAAGAAAGACCUGAGGUACUUUCCCUACUUCCAGCAUAUGAAGGAAAAUCAGUUAUUGAGCUUGGAGCUGGUAUUGGAAGAUUUACUGGAGAGUUGGCCCAGAAAGCUGGUCAAUUAAUUGCUGUAGACUUCAUUGAGAGUGCAAUAAAGAAGAAUGAAAGCAUUAAUGGACACUACAAAAAUGUCAAGUUCUUGUGUGCUGAUGUCACAUCUCCAAACAUGCCUAUUUCUGAAGGAUCCGUUGAUGUGAUUUUCUCAAAUUGGUUACUGAUGUAUCUUUCAGAUAAUGAGGUUGAGAAUUUAGCAGAAAGGAUGAUGAAAUGGUUAAAAGAUGAUGGAUAUAUAUUCUUUCGUGAAUCUUGUUUCCACCAAUCUGGAGAUUCGAAGAGAAAUUACAAUCCUACUCACUACAGGGAACCCAGAUUUUACACAAAGCUAUAUAAAGAAUGCCAGAUGAGUGAUAGUUCUGGGAAUUCCUUUGAACUUUCUCUUGUGGGUUGUAAAUGCAUUGGAGCUUAUGUUCGAAAUAAGAAGAAUCAAAACCAAAUUUGCUGGUUAUGGCAGAAAGUUAGAUCACAUGAUGAUAGAGGGUUCCAGAAGUUCUUAGACAGAGUUGAAUAUAGCGAGAAGAGUAUUUUACGAUAUGAGCAUGUGUAUGGCCGAGGCUUUAUAAGCGCCGGAGGACUUGAAACAACAAAGGAAUUUGUAGCAAAGCUGGAAUUAAAGGCUGGCCAGAAAGUACUGGAUGUUGGUUGUGGUGUUGGUGGAGGCGAUUUCUACAUGGCUGAAAAGUUUGAUGUUGAGGUUGUUGGUGUUGACCUCUCCAUAAAUAUGAUUUCACGUGCUAUUGAACGUGCCAUCGGACUGAAAUACAAUGUUGAAUUUGAUUGUGCUGAUUGCUCUAAAAAAACAUAUCCUGAGAAGACAUUUGAUGUAAUCUACACUCGUGAUGCUAUGUUACACAUCAAAGAUAAACCAACAUUAUUUAGAUCAUUUUACAAGUGGUUGAAACCUGGAGGUCAACUUCUAAUUACUGAUUACUGCAAAAAUGCUGGAAGUCUAUCAUCAGAGUUUGCUGAGUACAUUAAGGAAGGAGGAUACCAUGUCCAUGGCUUGGAAGAAUAUGAGCAGAUGCUGAAGAACGCUGGAUUUGAUGUCAUUGCUGAGGAUCGAACUGAUCAGUUCGUGAGAACACUGCAACAGGAGCUAGUUACUCUCGAGAGCCAGAAGGAUGAGUUUAUCCGUGUCUUCAGUGAUGAUGACUACAAUGCAAUUGUGAAGAGAUGGAAGGCGAAGCAGAUCAGGGGUGAACGUGGGGAGCAGAAGUGGGGCUUGUUCAUUGCCAAGAAAAUGUGAUUCACUUUAUUAUCACAUCAUAUAUCCCGCGCUAGUUCUAGAGCUAUAUUUCAAUCCUAAGUAGUUUUUCCAAAUAAUGGUUUGAAUAAUUAUAAUUAUCUGUUAUUUGUAUGUGAAACAAAUAAUCGUGUUUUGAAUGCUCUUCUUAAGUAUCCUGUUUUUCUUGAUU